GCUCUCUAAAACAUCAGGGCUUCAGACUUCAGAAAUCCAACAUGAUGCAAUCAGGACUUUCAGCUGUUUUCUUUGUCUUGUUGGGUUUGYCAUUUUGCCUGGCAAUCCCUAUUCCCCUUGAAGACAGCCAUGAAUUCACAGAGAAAGACCUUCRGUUUGCAGAGCGCUAUCUCAGGACUCACUAUGAUCUCCGUCCAAAUCCUGCUGGCAUGCUGAGGAAGAGUGGAAACACAAUGGCAUCUAAACUUCGGGAAAUGCAAGCUUUUUUCGGCUUGGAGGUGACAGGCAAACUAGAYGAAGAAACAUAUGAGUUGAUGCAAAAACCAAGAUGUGGUGUCCCAGAUGUGGGGGAAUAUAACUUUUUCCCUAGGAAACUCAAGUGGUCAAAAAUGAAUUUGACAUACAGAAUUAUGAAUUACACUUCAGAUCUGAGACAUAAUGAAGUAGACAGAGCUUUCAAGAAAGCAUUUAAAGUCUGGUCUGAUGUGACACCACUGAACUUCACCAGAAUACGAAGUGGAAUAGCUGAYAUCAUGAUCUCCUUUGGCACUAAAGAACAUGGUGACUUUUACCCUUUUGAUGGACCCUCUGGAUUACUGGCACAUGCUUUUCCCCCGGGCCCAGACUAUGGAGGAGAUGCCCAUUUYGAUGAUGAUGAAGUUUGGUCAGAUGAUUCUAAAGGCUAUAACUUGUUCCUUGUUGCUGCCCAUGAAUUUGGUCAUUCACUGGGACUUGAACACUCUAGAGACCCUGGAGCUUUGAUGUUUCCAAUUUACACAUACACUGGAAAAAGUGGUUUUGUGCUUCCCGAUGAUGAUGUGCAAGGAAUCCAAGAGCUCUAUGGUGCUGGAGACAAAGAUCCCAACCCAAAACAUCCCAAAACACCAGAGAAAUGUGAUGUAGAAUUAUCACUUGAYGCAAUAACAGAACUUCGUGGAGAAAUGCUGGUCUUCAAGGACAGGUUUUUCUGGCGACUGCACCCUCAGAUGGUUGAGGCAGAACUGGUGUUGCUUAAAUCCUUUUGGCCAGAGCUUCCAAAUAAAAUAGAUGCAGCUUAUGAAAAUCCCAUCAAAGAUCUUGUGUUCAUGUUUAAAGGAAAGAAAGUCUGGGCUUUGAAUGGCUACGACAUAGUUGAAGGCUUCCCUAAAAAGAUACACGAAAUAGGAUUCCCAAAAGAAAUGAAAAGAAUAGAUGCAGCYGUCCAUAUUAAAGACACUGGCAAGACUCUCUUUUUCACUGGAAAUAAGUACUGGAGUUACGAUGAAGGGGCAGAGGUUAUGGAAGAAGGCUWCCCCAGGCUGAUAGAGGAAGAUUUCGCAGGAAUUGGUGAUAAAGUGGAUGCAGUCUAUGAAAGAAAUGGUUACCUCUACUUCUUCAAUGGACCACUGCAGUUUGAAUAUAGCAUCUGGAGUCAAAGAAUUGUCCGUGUCCUGCAUACUAACUCCCUAUUUUGGUGCUAAUUACAGCAGGGUGCCAUGUCAUAGGCUGCAGGGCAGCUUGUAGAACAUGGGACUAUUARUAAAAUGGGCUUUUAGGUUUACUAAAGGACAGCAAGGUUCCGUGAACAAGUGGCUACCUGUCACCAAAUGUACACUGCAUMUAUGGACUUACACAGCUGCAUUUCAGUCUGGAAUUGAUUUAACUUAACAGGAAAAAGGAAGAGUAAUCAUUAGCAUUUUAAGAGGCCAUUUACAGUUUGUCUUGUAAAGAAGUGAGAUGCUGGAUACAUCACACAUUAUCAUGAGCAUUACUAAUUCCCAGCAAUGUGAGCACAUCUAGCAUCUUUCAGGGAUCUCCUAGCAUGUCUCAAGAAAUAGAGCUGAUAAACCCAGGAGCAUUAGAWUUUUAAAUGAAUCCUUCUUCCCUUUUUGAAAUUCCUUUUAACGUACUGGGAAAUCUGUAAUGARCCAGUGAGGACUGCCUGGUGACUCCCUGAGCAAGUUACACCAGGCAGCAAUGAUGAAGUUGGGGAAUUCAGAAGUAUUUGAAUGUAUCUCUAUUUGAAUGGGAUUGUCCCCCUGGAAGUAGACGAUGCCAAUGCCAUCUUUAGAACAAGGAGAAGGUACAGAAGCAGUGAGAUGUCAUUACAAAGCAGACAGGAAAGCAGGAAAGGGGAAAAGUAUUCCCUGCAGAAAUCAGAAAGGAAGCAGCAGCAAGAGAAUCACGCAGGUUGAAACCUUGCAUGAUGCUACAUAUGGUAUCAGAGCCCACGUUUUCAGCUGMUGUUAAUUAAAGUGACAUUAAUAGAGGUUAUGCCUGUGCCAGAAGAGAACCUGAACACCCAAAGCAAAAUAUUGGAAAGAAUAUAUUUUUUCAUGUUGGCCACUAUUUUAAUAUCUAUAUCAAUUGUUUUAGUAUGUUGUAAGAUCUUGGUUUGUUUUGUUUAGUUUUGUUUUAAUCAAUGCAAAUGAUGUGGGACAGUGAUUAUUUUGAUUUUGAAAAUAAUAUUAAAUAAACUGGAGAAAUAAACUGA